AUGUUGUCCAGAUGGAAAUAUGGCCCUGGUGCCGUGCGUUACCCAACGCGGCUAUACAAGGUAUCAAGACGCUUCGUCUCCAAGCUUCCUCCAAAAUCCUCCACAGUGGCCAAGUUCCACUUCCCCGUCGCUACCCACUCCAUCCACCAGAUCAACCAAAAUUUGGACAAAUUCCUUACCAGUGAAAACUUGAGAAUUACCCUCAAUGGACACCUCCACAAGAAGCCUAGAAUAAUGACAACUCGCAGCUUUGCGGAAAUCAGGGACGAGACAGGAGUCACCCAGUUAUUAUUGACCCCAGAGUCCACUAACCCAAGCUUGUUUGAUUUACUCAAAUCCAGUGGAGUGGAAGACUCUAUCAGUGUCACUGGCUACAUUCAGAAAAAACAAGUGGGUGGCUCUAGUACAUGGGAGCUUGUGGUUGAAGACUAUCAAAUAUUGAAUUCUUCGAAUUUGGAUGCUGCCAGAUUGGACAAGUUGAAGCAUUUGAAUCCACAAGAUAUUCCCGGUCAAUUCAGAUACCUCCAACUCCGUACUCCUAAAUACCAGCAAGCAUUGAGAAAGAGAAGCAAGGCUGCUAUGACCACACGUCAAGUACUUGUGAAUAAUCAUGGAUUCACGGAAAUCGAAACUCCCCUCUUAUUCAAAUCCACCCCCGAAGGUGCCCGUGAAUUUUUGGUUCCUACCAGGCAAAAGGGCCAGUUUUAUGCAUUACCACAAUCUCCCCAGCAAUAUAAGCAAAUUCUUAUGUCUUCGGGUUUUACCAGGUACUUCCAGUUGGCCAAAUGUUUUAGAGAUGAAGACUUACGUUCCGAUAGACAACCUGAGUUUACUCAGAUUGAUAUGGAGAUGAGCUUCAUUGAUAACAGCGAUCAAGUUGGUGUGGUGGUCGAAGAUGUCAUCACCAGCGUGUGGAAGGGUGAAGGAAAAAGUAUCUAUCGAUUGAACGGUGAAGUGCUUGAGAACGUCCCAGAAAUUUCACCAGCGAAUCUGCUACAAUUUUCUAAGCUUGACUAUUUUGAUGCUCUCACCCGUUAUGGUAUCGAUAAGCCAGAUUUGAGAUCAGAUUUGAGAUUUCAGCCGUUGUCCGACUUUUUCAUUUCUGCCAACCCCGAUUUUCCAGUGAUAGAAGUCUGUGUUCUUAGAGAAGCUUUUGAUCCAUCGAAACCCUUUAAGUUGCCUAGUGCUUUUGUUGACAAGAGCAGUUAUUCUAGAAGAAAGCCAAUAGUGUUAGCGUUGAAGACUGCCGAAUCGGCCGAAAACUGGUACCAAAAGUUUGUGGAGAAGGAAGUUUUUCGUAAAACUGAAAACUUCGAUGAUUCUAAGCUUCAGAGCUUGCUCAAUUUGAAAGAAGGUGAUGUGAUUGCCUUCUCCACCAGAUCAGAAUUUCCUUAUGAGAAUCCAACACCCUUAGGUAGAUUCCGUCAGCUUGCAAUCACCGAGUUUCCAAACAAGUGGAAUCGCCCAAUAUUGCAGGCGGAUGGCACUGUCCUGGACAAAUACAAUAGAGAAGACAUCUUUGUUGGUUCGUGGGUUGUAAAUUUCCCAUUAUUCAAUCCUGUUGAUAAUUCCAGCUCCACUGAUGAAUAUCCUCUAUAUGACUUCAAAUCUUAUGAGUCUACACAUCAUCCAUUUACCAUGGCUAAACUUGAGGAUUAUGACCUUUUAGAAAGUGGUCCAUUAAAGGUCAGAGGCGAGCACUAUGAUCUAGUUAUCAAUGGGGUUGAAGUCGGUGGAGGUUCUAGAAGAAUUCAUGAUGCUGCAUUGCAGCAGUACAUUUUUGAAGAAAUUCUUAGUAUUCUGAACUAUCAGGCUUUGUUUGGCCAUUUGUUGAAAGCCUUGAGUAUGGGAUGUCCCCCUCAUGCUGGUUUGGCUAUAGGAUUUGAUAGAAUUUGCGCAAUGCUUAUUGGAAGCUCGAGUAUUAGAGACGUGAUAGCAUUUCCCAAAAACCAAUCUGGCAUUGACCCCGUUGUUGAAAGUCCCACUGAAGUUGGUGAAAAUAGAUUGAAGGAUUAUUUUAUUGAGGUCAGCGACUGA